AUGUGGACUUAUUCAAGCGUGGAGUUACCAUCGAGUCGCGUCAAUCGGACCGAAAGAUUUCGAAUAUACCUAUCAGAGUGUAUAGUUUGCUUUUGCAUCUUAUUCUUCAUAGUUUGCGUUGGACUCCUCUUAUAUCUGUUCUUCCAUUUAUACAGUACCGUUACAAAAGCGAGGAAAAUGGAAACUUUAAUAGAGAGUUGA